UUUGUAGCAAGACCUCUGCUUCCUUCCUUAACAAAGUGCAAACAUGUUCCUCUCCAUGUUCCUUGCUGUUAUGAAUAGUUCACUGUCUUCCUAAUCAUACAUCUAUUAAUAUGUGGCAUUCAUUGCAUCUCCCUGCUGGUAGAUGAUUUGAUUUUUAUUUUAUUUUUUUUAAGUAUGUUUGCACCUUAGGUUGAUCUGGCCUCUAUUGAGGCCCUGACCUGGAAAAGGGUUCAGUGCUAUCCUUUGCUCUUUGCUGCAUUCUUUCAUGAGGAUGGUUAUUGCUAAUGUUAGUGCAACUGGCUCUCUCCUCCACCCUGCCACUGGGAGGCUCAGGAGAGUGCUGUGGGGUCUGAUGCUGAUCCUGUCUGUAGCUAUCUAUGGCGCUCAUGCUCCCCUAUUGACUCUGUGCAAAGUGGAUGGGAAGAUCCCAUUCAGCUCCUCAUCUGUUGUGGUCCUUAUUGAGCUGACCAAGCUAGUACUCUCCUUACUCUUUUUGCUGAUUUGGGAUCGAAAACUACUGGGACGAUCUGUUUCAUGGAAUCACACCGCCCCCUUUGCCCUCUCUGCACUAUUAUAUGCUGCUAACAACAACCUUGUGGUUCACAUGCAGCUCUUUAUGGAUCCUAGCACCUACCAGGUCUUAAGUAACUUGAAGAUUGGCAGCACCGCUCUCCUUUAUAGCUUGUUCCUGCACCAAAGGCUCUCUCUGCGCAAGUGGCUGGCCCUCUUCCUGCUAACAGCUGCGGGGGUGAGCUACACCUACGGAGGUCUCCAGGAUUUGCAGCACCCCACCAGCACCUCCAGGAUGCAGCUGCACAUCACUGUCCUUGGCUUGCUGCUGAUCUCCAUGUACUGCCUGAUAUCUGGCUUGUCUGCUGUUUAUACUGAAGUCAUUCUGAAAACCCAAGACCUGCCUCUGAACCUCCAGAACUUGUUUCUUUAUUCCUUUGGAGUCCUGCUAAAUGUGGUUGUCCAUCUCUUGAGCAGCAGGGGGACUGGAUUCCUGGAGGGCUUCUCAUCCUGGGUGCUGGUAAUCAUUGUCACCCAGGCUCUGAAUGGUUUGAUCAUGUCUGCAGUCAUGAAGCACAGCAGUAAUAUUACCAGGCUCUUCGUGAUCUCCUGCUCCAUACUGGUGAAUGCCCUGCUGUCUGUUGUACUCUUUAACCUGCAGCUCACCACCUUUUUCUUCCUCGCUGUCCUGUUAAUUGGGUUGGCUGUUCACUUGUACUAUGGAGCCACAUAAGCUGUAUCUCCCUGUCUUGCAAGAUACAGCUGGGUGUUGAGGCAACAUCUGAGCAAGUCUGGGCCGUUCUGAGGGGAUGUAACUACAUGUGGUCCUGUAUCUCCUUUUUAUACAGCAAACACAUACUUUACUUUGGUCUGUCUACCUAGAGGAUGGAUCCUACUCAGAACCACUUUCUCUGAGGGGUGGGGAAGAGAGCAUGGGGGAUGUUUUGCCUGCAGCCAAACAUUAAUUGUCAUGACAAAGGAAGCUUGUCCAUAGCUAGUGCAUGCACAGCCAGGAAUUAGAUCAUUCCCAUGCAGAGAUCGAUGCUAGGAGGAAGAGGAGGGAAACUGCUCAUUGCUCUGUAGUUUGCAGACAUGGGACUUGAUGCCAUGAUAUGUUAGGUCUUCAACUCCCUGUUGAUUUCCUCCUCAUCCCUUCACUUUGUAGAUUCCCUUUUAGGAGACAGGUAAGAGAGCUUCCUAGUGAAGACUAUAGUAGUGGGACAGAAACGGCAGAUUGAUGGAUGCUCUAAAUGCCCCCCUCCCUCCACCUUUCUUCUCUCUUUGCCUAUGCUCCCAUCCCCACGCCCUCUCUCAGGAGAGCGCUGACUCUUUUCCUGACCACUGACAGCACUAUUCCCAGGGUCAUAUAGAAGGCCUCCACUUAAGUGUUGUGUGCUGCCUUCUCUGCCCCUGGGCUGUGCUGUUGCCUUCACAAUGCUCUGGACCUUGAUGGCUCCCAUGCAUGACAGACUCAAAGUGCCUUUGAAAGGAUGUAACAUCCUUUGCAGUCUGCUCAGUUUUUACUCUGAAGCAGAACCUGGAGCCUUGUGUUGCUGCAGUGUGUGGUGGCUGGUUGCCCAGACCCCUCCCAUCCUACAUCCUGCUUUUGUGACGGAGCACCAAAGAACUGCCUCUUUGUCUCUUCUGUUGCUGGUGACUUCUGCCAAUGUGUCACAAGGAGGUCCCAUUGGAGCAACCAGCUCCUGGUUUGGUGUAGAUCUGGGGUUUCAGCCUUACGUGUGCAUACACUCGCCAUCUACACCAAGCAUGUGCACUUUGGAAGACUCAGGUGUUAGUCUUUAUUAGACUCCUUGAUACCUGGGACCCCACCAGGGCAGGAAUCUUGCUAGUACCACACUGUUCUCUUAAGUAGCUGAGUUCUGACUUUUCUGCUGCCACUCUUUAUUUGGCUAUAAAUCUAUGUCUUUAUAACAAAAAUGCUCGACAGAACUUGUUAGCAGAGUUCUCAUUUUUAGUGUCUCAUGGGAGCUGCUGUGGAGGCCAGAGAAAAGCCGUGUUCUUUGGGAGAGGGUGGGAAUCUUCCAGAAUGGCAGGAAUCCUUAGCAAAUGCCCAGGCCCGAUUCAGAAUCAGCUGGGAGCUUGUGCAGUGCUGGGGGAGGGGUAGCUUGGCAGUCCUGGAGAAUGAAUUGUGUUGUCACAGAGUAGGUGUAGCAGUGGCCAUGGCAGUUCCCUUCCCAUUCCAUGGUCUGGCCUCUGUCUCUGCUCAGUACCUAUGGUCCAGCUGUAUUUUGGUGUCUCAGUCUGGGCACUGGAAUUGUCAGUCUGUGUCUGUUGCUGGGGAUAUAUCCCCUUGAAAAUCUCUCUUUCUAUCCCUGCCAGCCUCCUAGUCUAUGACUACAACUGAAGCCGAGGCAGGAAGCUCUGUGCUCUGCCCUUGCUGGAGCAGGGUCCUGAGCAGCCAGCUUGGCGGGGGUGGGGGCUUUACUUGGUGCCUUUAUUUGUACCAGAGCUCAACAGUGGUCUCUGUGGUGAGUGGGGUUCAGGUGCCUUUGAGGUGGGCCUAAUGCUGCUGCUUUCUCCUCACCCAGGAGCACAGCCUCUUUCUGAGGCUAGGAAGGAAACUUGUGCUGGCCCUCUGGCCUUGUGCUGCUUUUCUCCUGCACUUUUGGCCUGACUAGGCUGUAGGAGUUUAACCUGUCAGCUUGCAGAACUAGAGAGGUGCUGCCCUAUAGGGUGGCAUCUGUCUGCUCUGCACUCCUGCCAGCUCAGGCAACCCCAGCAGUGUGUAUCCUGACUGCUGCAGGGUGAUCUCUCUGUACAUGCAGGCUAGACUCUACUACUGGGCAGCUACCUCCUCUCUCAAGCUGAAUUGCUAAUCUCCCUUUGUGCCAAUCCCAUGCUUGCAAGGAGGGGCUGAGGCCAGGGAGGGGGUGCUCCUGCUUCACACCUCUGAUUAGUACAAGACCUGUGGGCUUCUGGGGGGCCCUCUUACGGUGCACCUCUGCAGAGGGGUAUUGUUCUGAGAGCACAGCUCCUAGCCUGUUUUAGAAAUGAUGGGAUUGUAUCUGGACUUGCAUGAACUUUGGUUGGAUGUGGUUUGAUGACCAUUUCUCCAAUGCACCAAUCAGCAAAGCCUGCUCUGGUUCAGUUAUUAAAGUUUAUGGAUCACCA